AUGGCGCACACCCCUCACGAUUCGUGCCACUACUGCGCCGCACCUAACACUUCUCGAAAAACGUCAAAGAAGGCGCGUGCGCCGACGAGUUCUCCGUCUCCUCGCAACUGGGACGGUCACAUGCGUUUCUGCGCCACUCGAGAACAGUCGGGUGCGGACGCGUCUCAGGCAGAAGAAGAAGCAGAAAGGGCGCUGGCGCAGCAGACGAGUCUCGCGCGGCUCCGCAAAAGAGCGACCGCAGCGCCGUCUGGCUACGCGCGGGCGUUGUCCUAA